AUAGAUUCCCUCCUUCGAGCAUCGCUUUUUUCACCUUUCUCUCGAACAUUCCUAAGCUGUCCCUCUUCAUCCCGCCCCCGCCCUUUUUCUCCCGCGCUUCGCGCGCCGCGCGCUGUGCACCUGGGCUCUGCCUCCAUGCAUGAGCAAUGUUCAUGCAAUCUGAACAGAGUGAGCCCAGCGGGCUUUGGUUAGUAGCGUUGGAGCGCGGCGAUCGCUCCGCGCUCCCCAGCUCCCAACACUUGGCCUUCGCCUUCAUCUUCGUCUUGGGCUGAUGAUGACUGUCUAUCCUCUGUGGUGAACGGGUUUCGUUGUUGAAUUUUUUGAAGAAAAAUCGACGCAUGAUCGGCCGCUCUCACUGACCCAGGAACGAAUGAACAGCGUUCAUUGCAUGGCAACUGGCGCCAUCAUCUCUGCUGCGCCCAAGUGCUGAUUCGCUCUCUGGGCUCGUCGAUCCCGAGGAACUGGGUGGAGGGGCGUGGCAUCUGCGCUCGAUUUGCCAUCGCUACGCCGAGAAAAGACCCUCCGUCGAUCGCUCUCUUGACCCCCUCCAUUUCGCCGCGUGUUAGCGACUUUCAUCAUCAUGGCUUUCCCUAUCGCAACAACGUCUUCGACGUCGGCAACGACGCUAGAGUCUAUCAGUCAGACCAUGGGCGGCCCUGCGCUCGGUUGUCAUUCAAGACGCGCCACCCGGACUUGUGGGGAAAGCCUACGAACGGAAGCGGUGAUGUGGGGCUCCUCCUCCAACGGCACUGCUAGCGACGUUUUAGGCGCGAAGCUGUCGAGCGGGCGGGAUUCGAGCUGCCACGUGGCUACCGGUAGGCGACAUCUUCGCCGAAUGGUUGCCGUGACGGCGAUGGCGACCAGCACGGCAUCGCCAAGCUGGCGAGAGCAGACGGCGCAGGUUCCACAGACAGGAGGAGGCACCACCUACACUCUCCCAACUUGGUCCAAGUUCGAGAUGGGACUCUUCCCCGUCUACUGGGAGUGUGCGACGGGAGAGGCUCCCGCCUCGGGGGAAUCUUUGACUGUCUACUUCAACCCGUCGGCGAGCCAACUCACUGUAAGCGAGUCGUUCGGCAUCGGCUUCAACGGCGGGUUUAACAGCCCAAUCAUGUGCGGCGGCCAGCCUAGGACGAUGACACGCAAGGACAGGGGUCCGGACUGUGAACCCCUUUACAGUAUCAAAAUCAACGUCCCGCGGCAUGCGCUAUCGUUGGAAUUCUCGUUCACGGACGGGAAGGAGUGGGAUGGACCGUACAAGAUCCAGAUGGUGGUCCCACAGCAGUGGAGAAACAAGCCGGCGGCUUUUUUCAACGCGGGACUGGCUGAAGAGAUGUCUCAUGACGACGCCUGCGAGCAGGCGAUCUUCCCAGACUCCUCCUAUGUAGCCGAUAGGUGCUUGAUGCCGGGAGGACUGUACCACGAACAAGGGGCGAAGUGUGAGCUGGACUUGGUCAUGGGCUGUACGGACCCCGCUUCGCCUUUUUACGACCCUCUAGCCACCGUCGAUGAUGGGUGCCCACUAGACGUCGACCAAGAUGGUUCAGGCAUUUAGUUGUUAAUUGGUUUUGACAAAGUCUUUCGCGCGGGAAAGGAGGAAAUCUACCUUUCUUCCUCGUUAUCGCUCUGCCCUGCGCUCUGCUGUCGCUUGGACUUCGAAGUCCCUUCACGUCGAUCGUUGGGAGGAGUCCUCUUCCUUUUCUUCAUGCGGCUAGCUUCUUCGUAUUCUGUCGUCGUGUUCCUGACAUUCCUGUACUCUUUCCCUUCACGCGGCUAGCUUCUCCGUCUUCUUCCGUCGUCGUGUUCCUCCUGUACUCUUUUCCUCGAACUACGCACGACUAGUCCAUUUAUAAACGUCUUGAUCUGCCCUGCUGCCUUUUCUUUGUUUUUCGCCUUAAAAUUCUACUUAAUGUCCUCGUUAUCCUACCCCUGUUCGAUACAACCAACUCUGUACUUGGUGCUUGGUGCGGAAAACAAGGUCCCCCUUGCACAUCCCUCCGCUUGCUCCUCUUUCUCCUCCUGUCUUUGACGAACGCGUGCGGCGUGCCUCCUUCAAAAACCAUUCUGCCUUGGUGCGUAUGCACGCGCGUGCGCUGUACGCGCGCAGCCUCGUGGGUAGCGAAUCAAGCCCUUUCUACAUCAAUCAAUGCUUGCCACCGCUAUUUUUUUACUGAUGUUCAUCUAAUUAACCUUUUUGCUUGGGCUAUUUUCAACCUGCUCGGUUUCAUCGCUGUCCUUGUCGCUGUAACCUCCACCCUCUCCUGCUUUGUCCCCUCCCCUUGGCUAUGGAAAGGCGACACGAUCACGCAUCGCGAUGGUUUAGCGUACUAUACAGCUGCUUCAUGUAAAAUACUUAGCCGUUUCGAUCUCUCGGAUCUCCCUGCCCUCUCGAAUCUGCGGAAUUUGGAACUUGUACUGGUUUCCCGGCUGCUGCAACUUUCGAUCUAUUAGAAGACUUGGUUCCUGUGUUUCGGGUUUGUAAUUACGUCGAGCUUCUGUCCAGUUUUACUUUGUCUCCGUCUUCCCAACCAAAAUCUCUCUCUCUCUCUCUCUCUCUCUCUCUCUCUCUCUCUCUCUCUCUCUCUCUCUCUCUCUCUCUCUCUCUCUCUCUCUCUCUCUCUCUCUCUCUCUCUCUCUCUCUCUCUCUCUCUCUCUCUCUCUCUCUGUGUGUCUCUGUGUACCUCUCCCAGCGCCACCGCGCCCGCAAGGGCAUUCUUGAUGGGUCUGGCCGCCGACCCGUUCGUCAGGGAUGUCACCCCCAAGCUUGAGCUGGCAACGCGGUGCCUUGGCGACACGUCAGAUCAAUGGGUCAAUAGUACGAACCCUCUUUGCUAAUAUGGAAGAGACUUAGAUCUCUCCUUUUUUUGCUCGAGAAAAGGGUUCUGCGGCUUCUGCCCACGUCCGAUAAACCGAGCGUGUAUCGUUCGGCAGUGAACCAUUCAGAUGCUACCAUGGGCAUGGCCUCGGCGCAAGGAGGACGCUCCCAGACUGCGAAGGGGUGGUUCUAGAUUGAUCGUGCUUCUGCCAGCAGAAAGGAGCAAUGUAUCCAGGAACAAAAACGGAAAAAAGGAAGAAUAAAAACGGAAGGAAGAGGGAACAAGCACGCAGAAAGAGGAAAGCGAAGAAGUGAGUUUAUCUUCCUCGGCCCUUCCCGGCCACUGUGCUAGACACCGGCAAGCGUAUAUCGUCGAGUCGUGAUUUGAAUCAUGUCAAUGAAGUUAUAAAUAGUAAUGUCAACAAGGUUGUGCCUUCCUUUUUUUCCCUCUCUCCUAACAUAUAAACAGCAGCCAUAGAAGUUACGACCAACUUAUGUGGUUGCAUGUUUGAGUUGCACGCCUAGGAGGUGCCCUCCUCGGUAGUCUUCUGCCAGAACAGCGUUGGUGCAUUGUGGAGGAGGUGCCCUCCUCUUAGUCUUCUGCCAGAACAGCGUUCGUGCAUUGUGUCUGGGGUUGGUCGUUCCUCCGUGUUCCAUGUGUGAAGAGGCUGUCCUCGCAGCCGAUGACCAGGGGCCUCCUCUGCUCCAAGGGGUCCUUCCCAAUGCAGGCAGAGUAUCGGUUGCUGCUGCCGUGCAAGAAGCAUGCUAGUUUAUCAUCCCGCCAGACCCAAGUGUUGCCACACACCUGUAAAGGGUGGGGGUAACCUCCCAAGCUUGUAUAUCCCAUCGGAACCCAGUGUUCGCACGUACGUGUUAAGGGAGGGGAUGAGUGGGACCUACCAUAGUUGGAAGUGCGUGUUCCUCGUUUUUUCCUAUUCAGGUAUAGCUUUGUGUGAAACAUCUUCCUUCUCAAAACUGCACUUCAGUGUGAGGGAGGGCUUGUGUUUUGCCGUGAGUAUUGGGCAGCAGCGUCCGCAGGGUUGACUUCGAGUCAGAGGCAUCCGGGAAUUUUCACUACAAGACAGUCGACUCGAGUUGGGCUAGCCAAAAUAGACAUACGUUGGAUGGGCCCAGGGGUCUCUAAUAAGCCCCAAUACGUUUGAUUAGACACUUAGGACCAAAAGGUAUAAGCAGCCUGUCCCCUCGCAACCCCACAUCGCGCACACUCAGAUGGGCCCACGUUAUAUGUCUACUCCCUUGUGGUCCCAGGGUCAUUAGUGCGGAGCUGCACGAGCUGGCAAAUGGGACCAGUGUCUCACACAGAACCACAAAUCCUCUCCUGCCAGCGCCUCACGAAACGCCGAUCAUUGUUAAGACUUAGCUUUUGGUACAUGUCCCUCUUCAAGUAGCUUGGGUGGGCCACUGUUACCCGAAUUCCUAGCUCACCUGAAGACCAUAUCAAUUCAGAUCCACGAUGGCGAGUGAUGAUGGUGGGCAAGGAUCAGAAAAAAAUCUGCUGCUGGCUGUAGGUCCCAUGAGCCGUGCAUGGUGGACCACUCCAUGAUCUCAAGUUGCCCUCUUUCCACCGUUGCAACGUGACCCCAACUG